CGCUUUCUGACACCGGCUUUUUCCCUCUUCGAAGCUGUAUUUGCGUCAGUCUUCGGAUUCGCUCUUUUGUUUCUAGGAAUUGCGCAGAAAAGCGAAGGACGCAGCUUCUCUGUGCGCACUUUGCGUGCGCUUCGGCUGUUAAGCAGACGGAGAGACGCGUGGAUGAUGCGCUAACGGACCUGAUCCUCCUCCGCAGGCCCGCUGGGUUCGAGGUUCGGAUCCCAGCAGCUUCUUAACGGUCAGAAUGAUAUUCCUGCGAUAUGAGAGCGAUUUGUGUGGAAAAUGAAGAUUUGGAGCACGGAACACGUUUUCAGUUAUCCAUGGGAGACUGUGAUCAAAGCUGCUAUGAGGAAGUACCCCAACCCCAUGAAUCCAAACGUGGUCGGGGUGGACGUGUUGGACCGGAAUCUGGACACAGAGGGACGUCUGCACAGCCACAGACUGCUCAGCACAGAGUGGGGCCUCCCUGCCGUCGUACGAGCGAUACUGGGAACCAGCCACACACAGACAUAUGUGAAGGAACAUUCCAUCAUUGACCCGGAGGAGAAGAAGAUGGAGCUGUGCUCCACAAACAUUACACUCACCAACCUGAUUUCAGUUGAUGAGCGGCUUGUGUACCAGCCACACCCAGAAAAUCCUGAGGUUACCAUCCUGACGCAGGAGGCCAUCAUCAUGGUCAAAGGAGUCGGACUCUGCAGUUACCUGGAAGGGAUGAUGGCCAGAAGAAUGUCUGCUAACGCCAGGAAGGACUGCAGCUCCAUGGUGAUGAAGACUGUGUCUCCAACCUGUGGGAGGCUCUGUGGAUUUGUCUCGCCACACCUCCUCCCUCACCCUGCGGGAAAAUCACUGCUGCUGAAACUGAAUGAUGAAGACGAAGCACUGAAAUCGGCACAUUGGAAAAAUUGUGCAUCACCUUUGAGUGCCAUUUAAUGCUCUUAGUACCAGGACUACUGAACAUUAAUGCUUUCUGAAUUAA